UUUUUUUUUUGUGAUAAAGAAGGCUCAUGAGCGAUGGCUACAUAAUUGACAGCGGAAAUGAUUUGGGUCACGGUGCACGGCGGCAAGAACGAACGCGGGUGGAAAGAAUACAGAAAGAGACGAGAAGAAUGGGGAGGUAGAAAGAGAGCGCGAACCGGAUCUGCAUCGGACUCGGACAACAGAAUUCUUCCCUCUUUCGAACCGAGAGAGCAAUUUUCGUGGAAUCAGGAGGGAAUGGAGAGAUUGCCGGAGGAGCUGUGCCUCAGGAUCUUCCACCUCUUGGAUCACCGAACUCUAGCAACAACUCUCCAAGUUUGCAGAAAGUGGAGGAAAUUAGGCUCUGACAAUGCCCUGUGGAGCAGCCUAUUCAAGAAACGAUGGGGAGAAGACAGUGCUGCAUUCUAUGCACCACAAGAUUCCAGAACUUGGAAAGAUGUCUACAUAGUGCAAGAUCGAUGCAACAGAUAUGGAUUGGGUUUGAAGAUUAUUAGAGAAGGAGUCGACUACUAUCUCAUUCAUCAAGGUGAGAUCCAACGAUACCUAGGCUCUUGUAAGCGUCAAGCUAGCUGGGACAACGGAGGGCUGCUCCAAGGCAAGCUAGAACAGCAGCGCCUGGAGAUCUCUGAUAAGAUGCUGUUCUUUAUCGGGGAUCUGGAAGCUGCUUGUGCUGAUGCCAAGCAUGUUAGAAUGUGAAGUUGCCAAUAGUGAAACAUAAGAGUACUGUAUGUCAUCAUUGUGUGGCUAUUGUUUGUAUACAUGCAUGAUUGGUUCCAUCAGUUAAUAAUCCAAUCUAUGCAUUCAUAUUUGACGCUUCUGUGGAUAUUUUCUGACUAUAUUUCUCAGUUCACCUAUGCCAGAGCAUGUUCUAAUUCAGAAACAAAUAGCAAAUUCCAUCCAAUAGGUGGGGAAAUAUAUUCAUGGCUUAUAGAAGCCUA